AUGGCACCCACACUGAAAGAAGCUACUGGCAACCAAAGCUCAUGGGAUACUUUGCUACCAGAUUUCCCUAAAGGACCGCUUUGCAGAUAUCGUAGGAAAGCUUCCUUCAACUGGAAGGAGAUGGCAGUGUUCCUAGAUGGCGAAGAUGUCAUCCAGAUGAAGAAUAGAAUCUUCUCUGCUCUGGAAAGCGAUCCUCUAUUUGCACAUCGUCCUGGCGAAGAUUUGUGCCGUGAAAAAUAUCAGGAGCUGACAUUUCUGCGCUGUAAAAGGCUCUUUGAGUAUGAUUUUCUUACUCUGCAAGAGAUCACAGAGAACCCAUUAAAGAUAUUUAAUCUAAUGAUCUGUAUAGGAAUGUACGAUUGGUCUCCAUGUCUCCAGUACUUCUUACAUUGCAGUGUGUUUGCAGGUCCGAUUUUGAGUGCUUCUAAGAGGUUUGCAGACUUUGUGAAACAAAUUUAUAGCAUGGAGAUUUUUGGAUGUUUUGCUCUGACUGAACUCAGCCAUGGAACUAAUACCAAAGGCAUACGGACUACUGCCACAUUUGAUCCUAGCACUCAGGAAUUUAUCAUCAAUACUCCUGACUUUGAAGCUGCAAAGUUCUGGGUUGGUAAUAUGGGGAAACACGCCACUCAUGCAGUUGUGUAUGCUCAACUUUAUACUCCUGAUGGACAGUGCCAUGGACUACAUUCCUUUAUUGUACAGAUUCGAGAUACAAAAACUCUCCUACCAGUGCCAGGUGUGAUGGUAGGUGACAUAGGAAGAAAACUUGGGCAGAAUGGGUUGGAUAAUGGAUUUGCCAUGUUCCACAGUGUCAGGAUACCUAAAGAAAACAUACUGAGUAUAGCUGCAGAUGUCACACCUGAGGGGAAGUACUCAAGUUCAAUCAAGGAUGUUAAAGAGCGUUUUAGUGCAGCUCUGGGAUCCUUGUCCACUGGCAGAAUUUUCAUCACAGCAAUUUCCACUACCAAUUUAAAGCUUGCCCUGUCAAUAGCCGUUCGCUUCUCAGCAGCUCGCCGUCAGUUUGGACCAACUGAUGAUGAAGAAAUACCUGUUCUUGAAUACCAAAUGCAGCAAUGGCGUCUUCUUCCUUAUCUGGCUGCUGCAUAUGCCUUAGAUUAUUUCUCCAAAUCCCUGUUUGAGAACUUUGUAGAAUUUUAUGCAGGCUUAUUGACAAAGCAAAGGAGUCAGAGACAGGUUGAUAUGGGACGUGAGAUUCAUGCCUUAUCUGCACGAGAAGCUUGUGGAGGACAUGGUUACCUUGCCAUGAACCGUCUGGGUGAAAUCCGAAAUGACAAUGAUCCAAAUUGCACGUAUGAGGGAGAUAACAACGUCCUACUUCAGCAAACCAGCAACUACUUAAUGAGCUGGAUGGAUUGCAUAAGAGAUAAAGCUCCUUUUGAAUCCCCUUUUGGAACAAUAAAUGUUUUGCAAGACUACCAUCAUAUCCUUGGCUGGAAAUUCACAGCUGUUAGUGUUGAAGAUUGCAUGAACUCCUCAGUUCCUCUAGCAGCAUAUAAAUGGCUGGUUUGCUACCUGCUCCGAGAAAGUGACCUAAAGCUGAGCAAGGAGAAGCAGUCUGGGCGAAGUGAUUUUGAGGCAAAAAACAACUGUCAG